AUGGAAGAUGAGGAUCUAAGUGGUAAAGAAUUGUCAACAAUCACUUCCAUUAUGAACAAAGUUAGAGAUAUCAAAAAUAAAAUUAAGAAUGAAGAUCUUACUGAUGAAUUGAAUUUUAAUAAAGUUUCUGCAGAUACUUCAGACAAUUCAGGAACUGUUAACCGAAUUAUGAUGACAGCAAACACUCCAGAAAACUGGUUAAGCUUUUUGCUAACAAUAGAAAAAAAAAGUGUUCCUCAAGAUGAUGGAUUUCUAAAUAAAUUGAUUGGCCGUUAUAGUCAAGCUAUUGAAGCGCUUCCUCCAGAUAAAUAUGGUCAAAAUGAAAGUUUUGCUCGAAUUCAAGUGAGAUUUGCUGAACUGAAAGCUAUUCAAGAACCAGAUGAUGCACGUGACUGUUUUCAGAUGGCCAAGGCUAAUUGCAAGAGAUUUGCUUUUGUGCAUGUAUCUUUUGCACAGUUUGAACUAUCUCAAGGCAACUUUAAAAAAAGUAAGCAGCUUCUCCAGAAAGCUCUAGAAUGUGGUGCAGUCCCACAAGAAAUGUUAGAAAAUGCCAUGCGGAAUUUGAAUCUGCAGAAAAAACAGUUACUGUCAGAGGAGGAAAAAAACAACUAUUUAGCAAUACCCAUUUUAAAUACCCAGGAAUCAUUCCAAAACCCACUUGGAAAUUUACAGAAUAGAAAUAUUAAUUCUGAUUCCAGAAGGCUAUCUAAUGUGGCCAGAUUUUUAUAUGGGGAGAACAUACCCCCUCAGGAUACAGAAAUGAGUAGUAGAAAUUCCUUGAAGCAGUUAAAUAAAUCUAAACCGUCAUGCCCAUUUGGAAGGGUUCCAGUUAACCUUAUAAAUAGCCCCGGUGGACCUGUGAAGAAAGAUGGUCUGGCUGGACAGAGUUCUACAAAAAGACAAAGCCCUGGAUCAGAGUAUCAAGAUCUCAAUGUGCCAAAACUGGAAACAAGUGAAAAUGAUUCAUAUGAGUUAAAAAAUAUAAAGUUAUCCACUGAUAAGGAUUCAGAGCUUACUCCUGAUUCAACAGUGACACUAAGGAAUAAAACAGGAUCUUGUCUUCCAACCAAAAAUGAAGAAAACAGAAUGCAUUAUCAAGAACCAAAAGUACCAGAAAAUAAUCAGAUCCAUCGACUGUCUAAUUUCAGUAGUAGUAGUAACAGAAAAUCAGAAUCCUUAAACCAAAAUCCUGUUGCAACUUCUAAUCAUUGGCAGAUUCCAGAGGCAAACCGAAAUGCCUUACCAGAGCAAAAACGUUCCAGUUUUGAACAACCUGGCCUAACUAUUUCAAAACAGUCAUCACCAAUAACAGUUCCUAAAAGAAUUGAUAACAAAUUUGUGUGUAAUACACCCAGCAGCAACAGCAGCAGCACACUUAAUGACUACAUGGCCUGUUUUAGAACUCCAGUUGUGAAGAAUGACUUUCCAUCCGGACAUCAAUUUUCUACUCCUUACGGCCAGCCUUCCUACUUACAGCAGCAACACACACCAGUUACUCCGUUUCAGAGCUUACAGAUUUCAGGAUCAUUUUCUUCAAAUGAAUACAUUUCGGUUAAGGGAAGAAUUUAUUCCAUAUUAAAGCAAAUAGGAAGUGGAGGUUCAAGUAAGGUAUUUCAAGUAUUGAGUGAAAAGAAGCAAAUAUACGCUAUAAAAUAUGUGAAUUUGGAAGAAGCAGACCCGCAGACCAUUGAGAGCUACCGGAAUGAAAUUGCUUUUUUAAGUAAACUGCAACAACACAGUGAUAAGAUCAUUCGACUUUAUGAUUAUGAAAUCACUGGCCACCAUAUCUAUAUGGUGAUGGAAUGUGGGAAUAUUGAUCUUAACAGUUGGCUUAAAAAGAAAAAAACAAUCAAUCCAUGGGAACGGAAAAGUUACUGGAAAAACAUGUUGGAAGCAGUUCAUACAAUCCACCAGCAUGGCAUUGUUCAUAGUGAUCUGAAACCUGCUAACUUUCUGAUAGUUGAUGGAAUGCUAAAGCUAAUUGAUUUUGGAAUUGCAAACCAAAUACAGCCAGAUAUGACCAGCAUUGUUAAAGAUUCUCAGGUUGGUACAGUUAAUUAUAUGCCACCAGAAGCCAUCAAAGACAUGUCUUCUUCAAGAGAGAAUGGGAAAUCCAGAUCAAAGAUAAGCCCGAAAAGUGAUGUCUGGUCUUUAGGAUGCAUCUUAUACUGCAUGACUUAUGGGAAGACUCCUUUUCAGCAUAUAAUAAAUCAGAUCACUAAGUUGCAUGCUAUCAUUGAUCCUAAUCAUGAAAUAAAAUUCCCUGAAAUUGCAGAAAAAGAUCUACAAGAUGUGCUACAGUGCUGCUUAAUAAGGGACCCUAAACAGAGAAUAUCUGUUCCUGAACUCUUGGUACAUCCAUAUGUUCAGAUUCAAACUCAGUCACAACCAGCUUGUCAAGUGGCUAAAGGAACUACAGAGGAAAUGAAACAUGUUCUUGGCCAGCUUGUUGUCCUGAAUUCUCCCAACUCCAUUUUGAAAGCUGCCAGAACUUUAUAUGAACAGUACAGCAGUGGUGAAAGUCAUGAUUCAUCUUCAUUUUCCAAAUCAUAUGACCAAAAAUGGAAAAAGAAAUGAUAGGCAACUUCUGCUAUAUAUAUAUAUAUAGCCUGUCACUUUUUGUAGAUAUAUAUUGUAUGUCCUACUUGGUUCCCUUGAUAUUUCUUAUAAUCUGAUAAAUUAUACUACAAAUUGAAUUGUGAUUGCCAGCAAAAAUAUUCUGUAGAAGAUUCUGAACAGAAACUUGUUAAAAUAACAACCACUUGUGUGUGUGUGUUUGUGUGAGUGUGUAUAUAUAUAUAUGUAUAUAAUGUUGUAGAAUUUUUUUGACCUUAUUUGUAAAUCUUAAGUUGUCUUCUGUUGUCAUUUCACACUUGGAGUUGUUCUUGGUUGGAAAUACAAAAAUCUUAAUGUCAAAAGCAUUUGAAAAACUAUGUAAAUAAGUUUUUGCUAUAUAAUGUUUUCAAAUUUGUGAAUUUUUUUUUCUUAAACAAAAAUCAAAAGUAAUUCUUUGCUGAAUAAUAAAAGUUGACACUAACAAGUUGGAAAAGUUUUGGUUUGGGGAGAAAAAAAAUCAUAGCUUAAAACCUCUAAUUUUUUAAGUAAAAUAAAAACAAAGUUUAUUUAAAAGUUAUAAAUAUAUAGGUUGAAUGAGAAGAUCUCUGAGGGCCUUUCCAGCAUGGGGCUCCUAUGUUAAAAAUGAUCAGGGAAGAAUAAAUUGCAAAUGGUGUUCUAA